UAUGAUAUUUAUUUAUAAUAUUUGCAAUUUAAAAAUUACUAAAUAUAAUAUAUACAUGAUAAAUAUUCCUCAAUAAUGAAACACAGUAUCAAUAUAUAAUUGACAACUUAUAAUUCGUUUUAUAUAAUCAUGCUAUUUACGCAUAAGAAAUUCCUAAUAGAGUUAAUUUGUUAAAAAUCGUUUUGCGCUGAAUUUCACUGUCACAAUUUAAAUUUAGUAUCUAUUGAUAAAAUGGAACAAAAUUCCGCAGUUUGUGUGAAUUGUGGCAAUAAUUGUCCAACAAUUUAUAAGAAAUUUAGCUGUGAUAUAAUAAAAUUAAGUAAUUGUGAGAAAUGUGGUGGCUUAGUAGACAAAUAUGUAGAAACAGAAUAUUCUAUUGUUAUCAUAGAUAUGCUAUUACUAAGAAAAGAAGCCUUAAGACAUAUGUUAUUCAAUUCUAAUCUAAAGAUUGCAUGGAAAUUAGUGAUAUUAUUUAUUUUAUGUGAUGCUUAUGAGAAAACGAUAUCUCAUCGUUUAUCUUUUAAAGAAUCCCACAAGUUUAAAAAAUUUAUAAAUGAAUUGGAGUUAAACUUUUAUUUAAUGUGUCUGAAAUCAUUUUUAGAGUACUUUAUUUUUGCUACUCUUGUCGUGGUAGUCUUGUACCAUUCACAGUUACGAAGCAUGGAAAGAUUUUCUUCAAAACAUUUAUUCCAUGCUAUAAUUUUGGCAAGUUAUGGUAAAUUAUUCAUGCUUCCUGUCCUUGUUUGGAGUAAGGAUGACGAAUAUAGUGAAAUAUUGAUAAUUUUAUUUAUCUUUCUAUCUCAAGUUCAAGUCAUUCGAAUCACAACAAAACUGUCGAUAAUUAUCAUAGCAACUACCUUGAUUUUAAUAUCAGAGGUAGGUUACCUGGCUCUUCAGAGGAUAUUAUGAUAAAGAAGAUACAAAAUAUGUUGGAAGAUAGAAUAUUUAACUGUGAUAUAUUAUAGCUCUUGGUUAUUACUAGUAUAUGUAUUUAGUCAGAUAUCUUGCUAUAAAUAAAAUAUUUUUACAUUUUACUAAAAA